AUGGCCGACAAGCGCAAAUUCGACGACGAUCACUCUGUGUCUAAAAGGAGAGUCAUUGGGCCUUCACUUCCGACCAGUACCAGUGACAGUGAUAGUGACAGCGACGAUGAUUUUGGUCCAACUUUACCUCCUCCUUCUGGCGCAACACCUAUCCCAGUACCUGAGGCUCCCAAGGUAGUCGAGGCAAAAGAAAGUCAGCGCGAUCAAUGGAUGCUACAGCCUCCUGCCCAAUCCGACUGGGCUACCAAAAUUGAUCCCACACAACUACGGAAUCGCAAAUUCAAUUCAGGCAAGUCAGCCACGGCGCCAAAGAAGAUGGAUGCUUCGUGGGUGGAGACCCCGGAGGAGCGAAUGAAGCGGUUACAGGAUGCAGUCAUGGGCGUCGGUGCCUCAGGUCAGAAUGAAAAGCAGACCGCUGCCUCAGAUACAAAAUUGAUGGAAGACAAAAUCAAGAAGUACAGGGAAAUGACUGGCAAAGGUAGUCGCCUAGAAAGCUCCGAGGAUCAAAAGGAAGAAGACGAUGAUCCAAGUGCUCGGGCUUUUGACCGAGAGAAGGACAUGGCAAUAUCUUCUAGGAUAUCGAAUGCGCAGCGCCGGGAAAUGGUGAAGAAGGCUGGAGAUUACACAUCACGGUUCUCUAAAGGUAAUUUUCUAUAG